AUGUUACAGGAAUCUGUUAAUAGAUUGGAUGCUUAUUUUAAAAAGGAUGCAAGUUUUUAUAACAAGAUUAACGAAUAUAAUACUGUGUUUUUUAAUAUUGACAAAAUUAUCAAUAAAGUUAAAGAGAAAACGAGUAAGAAACUUGACAGAGACGCCAAAGAAUAUGAAGCAGGUUUAGCUUAUCCAUUGUUAAAAAAUGGAAAUGGCAAUUCUGGGCAGGAACCCGGCGUGCCCUUGUGCCCAUGCCUAAAUCCGCCACUGCACCCAGAUGUGCAGCAAAAACUGCAGCAGGAGAUCGAUGAAACCUUUCCCAACAAGGCUUCUGUGACAUAUGAUGCCUUGAUCCAAAUGGAAUACCUUGACAUGGUGAUAAAUGAAUCAAUGAGAAUAUACCCAAAUGUAGGACAUAUAGAAAUAAUUUGCAAGAAGGCUGUCAAAAUAAAUGGAGUAAUAAUUCCCAAGGGAACUGUCAUUAUAUUAUCCCUCUAUGCCUUGCACUGGCACCCAGAUCACUUUCCAGAUCCAGAAGAAUUCAGACCUGAAAGAUUUAGUAAAGAGAACAUAAAAACAAUGGAUCCAUAUGCUUUUAUGCCAUUUGGAACAGGCCCAAGGAACUGCAUCGGAAUGAGAUUUGCCCUCCUUAGCAUGAAGCUGGCACUUUCAUCAUUACUGCAAAACUUCUCCCUUGAACCUUGCAAAGAAACUCUGUCGAUCCCACUGAAAAUUUCGAAAGCAAGCAUAAUGACCCCUGAAAAGCCUGUCUUUCUCAGAUUUGUCUGCCGACCUAAUGCAAAAGCAGCAUAAUGAAGUGUCAGCAUU